AAAUAAACAUUUCGCAUCAUAUUGUUUUGCUAUUGCUUUCGUCAUUCCAUAAAAGUCUGCUGUUGUUGGAUCGCCGGCCCCUUUCUUCUGUGAUUUUCGUUACCAAAGUUCAAAAUGCAUGACGAUAUGGAAAGUCAGCUGUCGGACGAUUCGGGCGGUGAAAAUUUGCUGAAAGUGGGUUCUCCGCUUCGUGAGCAAGACCGAUUCCUGCCGAUUGCAAACAUUACCAAAAUAAUGAAGCGUGGCAUCCCGGAGUCGGGCAAAAUUGCCAAAGAUGCACGCGAGUGCAUACAGGAGUGCGUGUCGGAGUUCAUUUCCUUCAUCACGUCCGAGGCAAGCGACCGGUGCCACAUGGAGAAGAGGAAAACCAUUAACGGCGAAGAUGUUUUGUGUGCCAUGUAUUCACUCGGCUUCGAGAACUACACCGAACCAUUGAAGGUUUUCCUCAGCAAAUAUCGCGAGACCAUCGCUGCUGAGCGGCUAAGUUCGGACGAGUCUCACGAACCAACUAACUUCGAACCUGCUAAUGAACAUACGGAUACGGAACCGACAUCUAACCAAGCGACACUUAUUCCCGUAACGAACCGGACCGAAAUCCUAUAUCAAACAAACGAUGGAGCGAUCUGUUUCAAACACGAGCCAUACGAGCAAAUGUAACAUUGUUAACAACAUAUUGGAAUGUUAAUGUAAAUUAAGUAAAUUUUUUAUUUCCAAUAAAUGAUCGUGAUUAGUUU